ACAUUUGGUGAAUGUCAAUUCCUCUUUUGACAAGAGUAACCGAGGUAUCUAGAGCUACCAGAACUUUUGGCUUCUUCUGAGCUGAGGCCUCAAUCGGAAAGAUGGCAAUUCGAAUCAUAUCUCAAUUCUCAUAUAUGAACCACAUCCCGUAGUCCUCGUAGUGACUCUGUUGGAGAACUGGUGGACGAUGAUUCGACGUCCGUACUUGAUGGUCAAAGGAGCGCCAGCGCAUUGCUUCCGCUGCCCAAACCAAAGCUAGUUCCUUCAUGCAAUCACCACCCGCAACGCAAGAACAAGCAAAUACGGCCCUAAGGUGAGCCCUUCGCAAACAAAAGCAAACAAAGGAUGCCGUCCGAGCAUCUGCAAUCGCAAUCGCACUCGCAGAUGAGGCCAGCUCUGGCUGUUGGCCAUCGAUCAAACAGCUCCGUCAACAACGAGACCGAUUCGCCCGCCGGGACACCACCUCAACAUGGCAGGACGAAGUCAGCGAAGCAUGUUGUAGGCGCAGGGAGGACUCAUGCCAGAGUACCAUCGAGUAAAGGCCUGCAUAAGCUGACCAAGGGCCACGCCGCCGAAGGGUCGCACACGGAUCUGAAGAAGCUCGGAAAGCAGCAUCAGUCGUCGUCGUCCACCAACCUCAAGAAGAAUUCUUCACACGUCAGUCUGAAGCGCAAUCGCUCAUCUGCAGACGUUCAGAAACGCCCCAGGUCGGCUCACGGGCACGAUAAGAGACCUGCCUCUGUUCACUUUGAGAUUGGCGAUCAGGAAGACGCCUGGGAAGAAGCAAGCAAUCCCUCGUCUGCGUCGCCAGCCUUGUCGAGAUCUGCAUCUAGAUCUGCUGUGUCAAGCGGUCAAUCCUCCACGAAACCCAGCGCCAGCAAUUCGAGACCACAAUCUCCUCCACAUUCUCCCUUACCUCCUCCUGCUUCCAGUUCCAAGACUGUGGUAACGCCUGCAGCGAAUGCGAAUGGAGGAAAUGAGAAACAGACUUCCCGCCAUUCAGCGGACGCCAAAGUCAUAACAGAACGCCUGUUACAACGCACUCACUCUCACCACAACACCACCAAGAUGUCGCUCACCACCGCGACGCCCGAUGGUCAUUCCCCCGAAUCUCUAACCAAGAGCCAGUCCUCAACUCUAAAUGGAACUCCGCAGACCAGCAGCAAUAAUGAAGUCGUCUCCCGUUUCGUUGGAGGCUCUGGCACACCCAGCGAGAAUUCCCCCUUUUUACACAACCGCCACAAAUCGGAUGUUUCUCCAAAAGCGAAUGUCGAAGAAGUGAAGCGUGCACAGUCGAUGGGGAACCUAACACGGCGCGACUCUGACGAAGAAAGUGCUCUGGCACCACGAUCACGAAAGUCCUCGCAGUCGAGCAAUUACUAUCCGCCUCAACAGUCACGUACACAACAGAAGUUAUGGCUACAAAGAGCGAGUUCGAAUAUGGAGCCUGCGCAGAUGGCGCCUGGUGUAGCGUUGAAUGGAUUAAGUGGCAUGCAUGGCGGAUUUGGUGGUACAUCACUUGUCGGUGGUGCAGGAUAUGAUGGGAGGGAUCCGAGAAUCAAGCUUCAGUUAGAGAAGACUGGGUUGGAAUACCUAGUUGUGAGACGGUAUCAAGAUCCAGUUGGGAAGUCAUUGAAACGCUUGGCUCAGCUACCUGGCGCGGAGAAGAACAGAAGGAUACCUCCUCAACGGACGGAGAGCUCUGGCGCCAGCCGAUACGGACUAAGCCAGAGUCUUCAAAGUCGAGGUAGAGGAGGGAAGGAUAAGUCAUCUCCAGCAAAUGGGGUGGGAAGCUAUGAUGGGCAGGCUGGAAGCCAUGAAGAUGCGGGAAUCAGUGAUAGGGGAAACGAGGAUGAUGGCGUGGGAGCUAUAUUGCAGAGCAUGUGGCAGAAGAGCUUUGACUUGAGUGCCAGUGCUGAUUGAGCCAUUUGACGAAUCUCUUACUAUUUCAGACCUCGAAAGACUGCUUUUGGCAUGGCGUUGAUAGGAAUCAUUUUUAUUAGUUCCCUCGUCAUGGAACGAUGGGCUCGGCGCUCGGAAUGGGAGCAUUGGGAAGUGCAUACGUGGGCUGGACA